AUGUCCGAGCCUAUCAACAAGAAGAGGAAGCUCCAGGUGAACGGAAGUAAUGGGAUCGUCAAGCAGGAGAGCUUUUCGGAUAUCCUGAUGCAGCUGGAGGCAGAGGAAGAUGCUUCGGGCGACAAUAUCGAGACGGACAAGGCGUGGCCUCGGCCUGCUGUGCCAAACUUCGACCGCAAGACCGACUCCAUCAUGUUCCAGCAGAUUGAGGUGGAAGAAGCGGUCGAGCCUGGUCUCGGGCCGACAUUACGCCUCUUUGGAGUAUCGCAAGAAGGCAACUCUGUCCUCGCGCAUAUCCAUGGCUUCAGGCCAUACUUCUACGUCGCUGCUCCUCCGGGUUUCCUCAACAAGGAUCUCGAGUCCCUAAAGGACACCAUCAACGCCAAUGUCCAAUCUGCCAUACCCUCGGUGACUGGCUGCACUAUCCACAACCGCAAGUCAUUAUGGGGCUACCGCGGAGACGACAACGUACCCUUCAUCAAGAUUACAUGCUAUGACCACAAGAGUCUGUCGAGGAUACGAGCUGAUCAAGCACGCGCCUUUGAACGAAAUCAGAUCAACUAUAACAAUCUCUUCCCCGACGAGUUGAUGACCUUUGAGAGCAAUAUCGCAUACACGCUUCGCUUCAUGAUAGAUACAAAGGUUGUGGGGAUGAACUGGGUAGAACUGAAGGGCGGAAAGUACACGGAGAUGCAGGGGUCGGAGAAGAAGUCGUUGUGUCAGAUUGAGGUGUCGUGUCACUACAAAGACCUGAUCUCGCACGCGCCAGAAGAAGAAUGGGCCAAAAUCGCUCCCCUCCGCAUCAUGAGCUUCGAUAUCGAGUGUGCUGGACGAAAGGGUAUCUUCCCAGAAGCGCAGAUCGAUCCGGUCAUCCAAAUCGCUACUAUGGUCACGCGGCAGGGCGAAACAAAACCGUUCAUCCGAAACGUCUUCACCCUCAAUUCCUGCGCUCACAUCGUCGGCUCGCAAGUGCUCGAAUUCAAGGAUGAAAAGUCGAUGCUGCUGGAAUGGCGCAAGUUCAUCGAGCGGGUCGACCCAGACAUGAUGAUUGGGUACAAUAUCGCCAAUUUCGAUUUGCCGUACUUGCUCGACCGGGCCAAGGCGCUCCGUAUCCCAGACUUUGCGUACAUGGGGCGGAUGAAAGGUAUCCGGUCUGAGGUCAAGGACACACACUUCUCGUCCAAGGCGUUCGGACAGCGCGACUCCAAGGCGGUCAACAUUGACGGUCGACUCCAGCUCGAUAUCCUUCAGGUCAUGCAGCGGGACUACAAGCUGCGAAGUUAUACCCUCAACGCUGUCUGUGCUCAUUUCCUCGGAGAGCAAAAAGAGGAUGUGCACCAUUCGAUCAUUACGGAGCUGCAGAACGGUACGGCGGAUUCGAGGAGAAGAUUAGCUGUCUACUGUCUGAAGGACGCCUACCUCCCACAACGACUCAUGGACAAGCUCAUGUGCUUUGUCAACUAUACGGAAAUGGCGCGUGUCACGGGCGUACCCUUCAACUACCUCCUCUCGCGCGGACAACAAAUCAAGGUCGUUUCGCAAUUAUACCGGAGUGCGGGCGAGGCGGGAUAUGUCAUCCCGGCGCUGAAGAGCGAGGGGUCGGACGAGCAGUACGAAGGAGCUACGGUCAUUGAGCCCACAAAGGGGUACUACGACGUGCCUAUCGCGACUCUCGAUUUCGCCUCGCUAUACCCGUCCAUUAUGCAGGCGCACAAUCUGUGCUAUACGACUCUGCUCGAUAAGGGAACAAUCGAGCGGCUGAAGCUGGUCGAGGGGGAGGAUUAUGUACACACGCCCAAUAACGAUUACUUUGCUACCGUCAAGAAGCGGAAGGGACUGCUACCCUUGGUGCUGGAGAACCUGCUCGCUGCGCGUAAACGAGCCAAGCAGGAGUUGAAGGUGGAGAAGGAUCCGUUCAAGCGGGCUGUGCUGGAUGGUCGUCAACUGGCGCUGAAGAUCUCGGCCAACUCGGUAUACGGUUUCACCGGCGCCACGGUCGGUAAACUUCCCUGUCUCGCCAUCUCGUCCAGUACCACCGCGUACGGUCGACAAAUGAUUGAAGCGACCAAGCAAGUCGUCGAGACCGAAUACUGCAUGAAGAACGGGUACGACCAUGACGCCAAGGUCGUAUACGGUGAUACCGAUUCGGUCAUGAUCAAAUUCGGCUGCCCAGACCUCGUCACUGCAAUGCGACUCGGAGCGGAAGCGGCCGAACUCGUCUCGUCCAGCUUCAUCAAGCCAAUUAAGCUCGAAUUCGAGAAGGUGUACUUUCCGUACCUCCUCAUCAGCAAGAAGAGGUAUGCGGGGCUUUACUGGACCAGGCCGGACAAGUAUGACAAGAUGGACACGAAGGGUAUCGAGACUGUUCGUCGUGAUAACUGUAGGCUGGUAUCUACUGUCAUCGAGACGUGUCUGUUCAAGAUGCUCAUCGACCGAGACGUCAAGGGCGCGGAGGACUACGUCAAGCGGACAAUAGCAGACUUGCUGCAGAAUCGUAUCGACAUGUCUCAACUGGUCAUCACGAAAGCCCUCGCCAAGGCUGAUUAUGCCAACAAGCAAGCCCACGUCGAGCUGGCGGAACGUAUGCGGAAACGAGACGCAGGUUCUGCACCCGCUCUGGGAGAUCGAGUAGCCUAUGUCAUCGUAAAAGGCAUCAAGGGGGCGGCGGCGUACGACAAGUCCGAAGACCCGCUUUAUGUCUUGGAACAUAACGUGCCUAUCGAUACGCGGUACUACCUCGAUAAUCAGCUGUCGAAACCGCUCAUGCGUAUCUUCGAGCCUAUUCUCGGCGAGAAGGCGGGCAGUCUGCUGUCUGGAGAUCAUACCCGCAGUAUCCAAAUCGCCACACCCACGGUGGGAGGUCUCAUGAAGUUCGCGGUGAAGACGGUCACUUGCCUGGGAUGCAAAACUCCAUUACGGACUGCCAAAGAAGGAAUAGCGGUCUGUGUGAAUUGCCGGCCGAAGCUACCUGAUCUGUACCAAAAACAAAUCACGUAUACCUCUUCCCUCCAGGUCGACUUUGCGCGCCUCUGGACCCAAUGUCAGCGGUGUCAGGGCUCCUUACAUCAGCAGGACGUCAUUUGCACCUCGGCAGAUUGUCCAAUAUACUAUCGGAGAACAGCGCGUCAAAAGGAGGUGGCUGCGUCCGUAUUGCAGCUUGAUCGGUUCGCGCAAGAAUCGACCUGGUAG